AAGUGCGCUCGGAGAGAAAGAAACAUCGCUUCGAACUGUUUAUCCUGACGUCAGUUCGAACAGAUCGCACUGCCCCCGUAUCACUUCGCGCGACUCUGAACUGAGCUUCGGCUGGAUUUCGGGAAUCGAUGAACGGGAGUGAGUCCACAACUUCACCAUCCAAACUACUGGAGCCACUGAAAUGAUUUCGGCUUGUUUUCCCAACUGGACUAACAACAGAAAAUGAAUACCUGCGCAUUUCUCUUGAUCCUGGCUGUUCAGAUUCACGCCGACAGCGUAGAGGGACCAACAGCGGGCUGCACGUUUGAUGAAGACUCCGACCCCAGUCUGUGUGAGUUCAGCCAAGGGGAGGAGGAUGACUUUGAUUGGCAGCUGUUCCGCGCUCACGCCUCGCCACACUCCACCUCUGAUCUCCUGCGCGGCUCCUACAUGAUGGUCAACUCCUCCCAGCAUGCAGCGGGGCAGAGGGCUCAGCUUCUGCUGCAGACUCUAAGCGAAAACGACACGCACUGCGUGCAGUUCAGCUACUUCCUGUACAGCAGAGACGGCCACAGCCCGGGGGCGCUGCGGGUUUAUGUGCGGGUCAACGGUGGGCCGCUUGGCAUUCCCGUAUGGAAUGUCUCUGGCUCACGUGGACGACAGUGGCACCAGGUGGAACUGGCAGUCAGCACUUUCUGGCCAAAUGAGUACCAGAUAUUGCUAGAGGCGACUGUGGACCGCAGAGGCUACAUUGCAGUUGAUGACAUACUCCUAUUGAACUACCCCUGUUAUAAAUCUCCUCAUUUCUCUCGCUUGGGAGACGUGGAGGUCAACGCUGGACAAAACGCCACUUUCCAGUGCGUAGCAGCAGGACGUCCCUCUGAAGCAGAGAAGUUCCUGUUGGAACGGCACAAUGGUGAAGUGUCCUCAGGUGGUUCUGUCAAGCACUUGGGCCGCAACCGCUUCGCAGUGUCCUUUCAACUGGAGGACGUCCAGAAGCCAGAGCAGGACCUCUACCGCUGCGUCACACAGUCCUCCAGAGGCUCCGGCGUCUCCAACUUUGCUGAACUCAUUGUCAAAGUUCCCCCAUCUCCCAUUGCUCCGCCCCAGCUGUUGAGAGCAGGCUCCACGUAUUUGAUCAUUCAACUAAACACCAACUCCAUCCUGGGCGAUGGCCCUAUCAUCCGUCGGGAAAUCGAAUAUCGGGCCAGCCAGGCACCCUGGUCGGAGAUCCUUGGAGUUAACAUGGUUACAUAUAAGCUCUGGCACCUGGAUCCAGACACGGAGUACCAUAUCAGUGUGCUGCUUACUCGGCCGGGUGAGGGUGGGACCGGGCCAUCUGGACCACCCCUCAUCAGCAGAACCAAGUGUGCAGAGCCCAUGCGAGCGCUGCGUGGUCUUAGAGCCUCGGAGAUCCAGUCCCGGCAGCUGACCUUGCAGUGGGAGACUCCGGCCUUCAACCUGACCCGCUGCCACACGUACUCCGUCUCCUUGUGCUACCGUUACACGACCGCAGGGGGUGGCGGUGGGCACAACACCACAGUGAGAGAAUGCCUGGCUGUGGAGCACAACACUUCGCGUUUCACCCUCAGAGAUCUGCCUCCUUUUCACACCAUCCAAAUACGCCUGGCACUCGCCAACACAGAGGGCAAGAAGGAAGGGAAGGAGGUUGUGUUUCAAACUGAGGAGGACAUUCCCGGUGGCAUUGCUCCCGAGUCUCUUACCUUCACGCCGCUGGAGGAUAUGAUCUUCCUGAAGUGGGAGGAGCCGGUGGAACCCAACGGCCUCAUCACGCAGUAUGAGAUCAGCUACCAGAGCAUUGAAUCAUCAGACCCCGGGAUUAAUGUUCCAGGCCCGAGGCGCACUGUAUCCAAGCUGAGGAACGAGACGUACCAUAUGUUCUCCAACCUGCAUCCUGGCACCACCUACCUGAUCUCUGUUCGGGCGCGCACCGCCAAAGGCUUCGGCCAAACAGCUCUCACUGAGAUCACCACCAACAUCUCUGCACCAACAUUCGAUUACGGAGACAUGCCGUCCCCUCUGAGUGAGACAGAAAGCACCAUCACAGUCCUGCUGCGUCCAGCACAAGGCCGAGGAGCUCCGGUCAGCACGUAUCAAGUGAUCGUGGAGGAGGAAGCUGGUAGGAAGGUGAAGAGAGAACUGGGUGUUCAGGACUGCUUUCCCAUUCCUACAUCUCACGGUGAGGCUCAGGCCCGUGGAGCUCCACACUACUACACUGCCGAACUGCCCCCGAGCAGCCUGCCUGAAGCCACACCAUUUACUGUGGGGGACAACCACACCUAUAACGGCUACUGGAACACCCCCCUGGACCCCAGGAAGAACUACCUCAUCUACUUCCAGGCCAUGAGCAACUUCAGAGGCGAAACAAGGAUAAACUGCAUCCGCAUCGCCCGUAAAGCCGCCUGUAAAGACCAUCAGCGUGCUCUUGAAGUCACUCAGCGCUCAGAGGAGAUGGGGCUCAUCCUAGGAGUGUGUGCUGGUGGGCUGGUGGUCCUGAUACUGCUACUGGGGGCCAUUAUCAUAAUCAUUAAAAAAGGAAGGGAUUACUACUCAUACUCUUAUUAUCCUAGGAAGCCGGUGAACAUGAAUAAGACCCCCAUUACGUACAGGCAGGAGAAGAGUAAUAUGAUGGGCUCCAUGGAGCGCAGUUUCACUGAUCAGAGCACUCUGCAGGAGGACGAGAGGAUGGCCUUGUCAUUUAUGGACACCCAUACGUGCAGCACUCGCAGUGAUCCACGGAGCUCCAUGAAUGAGUCCAGCAGUCUGCUGGGUGGGUCGCCUAGGCGUCAGUGUGGCCGUAAAGGAUCGCCCUAUCACACGGGUCAGCUUCACCCUGCAGUGCGUGUUGCUGACCUCCUACAACACAUCAACCAGAUGAAAACCGCAGAAGGUUACGGUUUUAAACAGGAGUAUGAGAGCUUCUUUGAUGGCUGGGAUAUCAAUAAGAAGAAGGAUAAAACUAAGGGAAGAAACGAUACCCUGAUGGGUUAUGACCGUCACAGGGUGAAAUUGCACCCGCUGCUCGGUGAUCCCAACUCCGACUAUAUCAACGCCAAUUACAUCGAUAUUCGGAUAAACAGGGAAGGUUACCAUCGAUCCAACCACUUCAUCGCCACUCAGGGGCCCAAGCAGGAGACAGUGUAUGAUUUUUGGAGGAUGGUUUGGCAAGAGAACUGCUUUAGUAUCGUCAUGAUCACCAAGCUAGUGGAGGUGGGCAGGGUGAAAUGCUGUAAGUAUUGGCCAGAUGAGUCAGAGAUGUACGGUGACAUAAAGAUCACGCUGCUGAAGACGGAAACUCUAGCGGAGUACACAGUGCGAACUUUUGCCCUGGAGCGGAGGGGAUACUCCGCCAAACACGAAGUGUGUCAGUUUCACUUUACAUCAUGGCCUGAGCAUGGAGUCCCAUACCACGCCACAGGUCUUCUAGCCUUCAUUCGCCGGGUCAAAACCUCCACGCCACUCGACGCAGGGCCUGUGGUGGUCCACUGCAGUGUGGGGGCGGGCAGGACCGGCUGCUAUAUCGUGCUGGACGUGAUGCUGGACAUGGCCGAGUGUGAAGGAGUGGUGGACAUCUACAACUGUGUGAAGACCCUCUGCUCUCGUCGAAUCAACAUGAUCCAGACAGAGGAGCAGUACAUAUUCAUUCAUGAUGCCAUCCUGGAGGCGUGUCUGUGUGGGGAGACGGCCAUCCCUGUGAACGAGUUUGCCCUGGCUUACAAAGAGAUGCUGCGGGUGGAUUCUCAGAGCAACUCUUCACAGCUUCGAGAGGAGUUCCAGACGCUAAACUCUGUGACACCUCAUCUGGACGUUGAGGAGUGCAGCAUCGCUUUGUUACCACGAAACCGCGAGAAGAACCGCAGCAUGGACGUUCUCCCUCCUGACAGGGCCCUCGCCUUUCUGGUGACCACCGAGGGCGAGAGUAACAACUACAUUAAUGCAGCACUGAUGGAUAGUUUCCACAGGCCCGCUGCUUUAAUUGUAACCCCUCACCCGCUGCCCGGCACGACCUCUGACUUCUGGAGGCUGGUGUUUGACUACGGCUGCACCUCUGUAGUCAUGCUGAAUCAGCUGAACCAAUCUAACUCUGCCUGGCCUUGUGUGCAGUACUGGCCUGAACCAGGUCUUCAGCAGUAUGGUCCUAUGCAAGUGGAGUUUCUGUCCAUGUCUGCAGAUGAGGACAUCAUCACCCGCCUUUUCCGGGUCAAAAAUGUGACGAGACUGCAGGAGGGUCAGCUGGUCGUGUGCCAGUUCCAGUUCCUGCGCUGGUCUGCGUAUCGUGACGUGCCUGACUCCAAAAAGGCCUUCCUCAACCUGCUGGCUAGCGUUCAGAAGUGGCAGAGGGAGUGUGGGGAAGGUCGUACGGUGGUCCACUGCCUGAACGGCGGUGGUCGGAGUGGAAUGUACUGUUCCAGCAACAUCUUGAUGGAGAUGAUCCAAUACCAGAACAUGGUGGACGUCUUCUAUGCUGUCAAGACUCUUCGUAACGCUAAGCCCAACAUGGUGGAGACACUGGAGCAGUAUCGUUUCUGUUAUGAGCUGGUUCUGGAGUAUUUGGACUGCUUGGAGGUCAGAUAGCGGGUUUCCCCCCCCCCCCCAACCCCCCAUGCUGACCUCAGUGCAUGGAGCAGGACCACCGGCAGGCUCGCUCUACACCCCCUCAUCCCCCUCUGCUUCCCGUCUUUCUUUCGUCUUACCCAGAUCA